CCAGUCCAAAAUUUGCAAAAACCGUCAAAUGAUAACAAUUUUGAUUGAAAAAGCGUCCACUGUUAAUACACGACGCGUCGUGCAGAUGUCGCCGCGACGCCACACGCGUUUCUUUCGACGAAAUCGCGACAACUGUUUGGAUUUCGGGGAAGCAGCGUCGCGACGCUUCUCCCCGUCCCAAGCGCGCACGUUGUUAUAGCGACGCCACGGCGUCGCGACGCCAUCUAGCCCCCGCCCUUGUCGCGAUCUACUUUACCGACAUGUGUUAUUACUGAACCAAAUGGACAAAACGUGCGUUAUUUGCAAGGAGGAGGGCAAAUAUAAGUGCCCCACGUGUUUCGUUUACUAUUGUUCCGUGCAAUGUUGUAGGAAACACAGGGAGAACAAGUGUGAUGUUUGGGUGAAGAAUGGGGGAGAAGCACUGCCACAGGCUGAGAUUAGCCAAACGAAGGCCAGGUACACAUCGGCUGAUACAGUGCCUUUUGAAAAAUUGCAGUUGUUGAAUGGGGACGAAAAUUUGAAAAAUUUGCUUUGUAAUCCACAUUUGAGGGAUUUGUUGGUCACUAUUAACAAUUCCAAGGAGCCGGAGAAGAUUAUGCAAAUGGCUAUGCAAGAACCGCUUUUUCUAGAGUUUGCGGACGCGUGUUUAAAAGUCGUGGAGCCACCACGUGAUGAUUGAGCGAAAAAAUGCCUUAAUUUCCAGUAUUUACCAAGUUUUUACCUUUUAACCCUGUAUAACUGAUUAUGUAAUAGUAACACACUGUAUAAAUUUAUAA